AUGGCGACGCCUAACGUUCUAGCAUUCGAGCCUGACAGUCGUCCCAUCGAGUUCGCUGUGUGGUUAGACGAUCUCCAGCUGUUCCUUCUGACUGAUGCCAAAGAGGGCGUUUCCCUGUUUGAUUACGUCUCUGGCACUGCCGUUACUCCUGCUGCUGAUGCUCCUGCUCUAGAACGCUCCCACUCAGUCAGGGACCACUUCCUAGCGCUAGACCCCACCACUCUCACUGUCGACGACUUCGAGAAGCACCUCCUCGCAAGCAGAGGAAGAACAUCCCUCGCUGUAGGUGCUGCUCGUGGCACUCCUCGCUCUCCCCUCUUUGAGGGGUGCUCCCCCUCCCCUCUCACCCCCUCCUAUGCCUCCGCAAGCUGCUGCUCACGACUACCUUGGUGCUUGAGGGGGUCGGAGCUGCUUCCGCUCCUAGUGGGAAGCGUCGCAAGCGGCAGGGGCGGCAGGGGUGGCAGGGGCCGGUGGGGGCUGGCGGUGGAGGUGGCGGUGGUGCAGGCGGCAGGGGAGGUGGAGGUGGGGGGGGGUGGUCGUGAGGGUGGAGGCGGUGGAGGUGGUGGUGGGGGCGGCGGAGGCCCUGGGAGCGGUGGAGGGGGGGCAGCAGCGGCGGUGGGGGAGGAGGGAGCGGUAGUGGCACUGGUGGUCAGGGCCAGCAGCAGCCGCAGCAGCAGCAGGCCAGCAGCAGCAGCAGCAGCAGCAGCAGCAGCAUCAGCGUAG